AUGGGCAGCAAUAAGAAGGACACGGAUAGGGAUGUUUUCGGGAGAGAUUUGUCCUACCUUGUGGCGUGCCAUCCAGCACUUGAACAGCUGAACAAAAUUGACUUAUAUUCUCAUGAUAUGGAGAGUGGUUACACUCCCCUCCACAUCUGUUUGAGGGAAGGCUACCUCAGAAAAGCGUUUAAGCUGCACCAGCUGUGGAAGAAGCAGCAUCACUUGCACUAUAAGCCUGGUCUGGAGAACGUGUGGGACCUAACAGAUCGUGAGGGUUUGACGCCCAUUGAGCUCUACCGAUGUGAGAACGACAUAUGGAACUACCACAAAAUUCCGGGGGCGAUAUCUCCUGUAGCUCAACCAGCAAAUCUAGAUCGUGGACUUUCGUUUAUAGUACAAUGGGAACCAAGAUCUCAAAAUGGCAAAUCGUCAAGAUAUCGUGGGCGUAGCGUCAAAGAGCUGCGAGAUGUCUAUUGCCAUUUGCGUGGUGGGCGUGAGCUCUAUACCACGGGAACGAAUACAAAUUUGCAACUGGGUACAGGAGACUCUGAAGACCGGAAAGAGCUGUUCAAGUUCAAUGAGUACCUCGUAAUUGAUUUCGCAACUCCAUGCCUUAGACCUAGGUUCAAACUUGUGAUCAUGAAAAGGUAUCAUUCGAUAAUAGUCACGACAGCUGGUGAUUGUUUGAUUGCAGGGACAGGAAGUAGAGGUAGGCUUGGAAAUGGCAGUAUCAAGAUAUCAAACGUCAGUCAUUCCAAAAUCAAUCUCGAAAAUCAUCGCGUAUCUCAGCUAGACAGCAGUGAUCACCAUUCAAUUGCCUUAACAACAAACGGUGAGGUUUUCACUUGGGGUUGGAAUCGAUACUCCCAGCUUGGAUACUCCACCACCUCCGUUAGUGGUAAAAAACUUGAAAAAUCAGCACAAGAAAAUAUCUGCAGCCCAAACCCUAAGAAACUCACUAACCCGCCCUGGAAAAAAGGCUCUAGUGCACAACCAACAUUCGUGGCGUGUUCGAAAGUUCACACUUGUCUCAUUGAUGACCAAAACAAUCUUUACGUUUGGGGGCUAAACCUUGGUCAAAUGGGCACUACUAAGAGCUACACGGAAGACAACGGAAUUAAUUAUUGUGGCUACCAGGGUUGGAUAGUAUCUACUCCUUUGCGGAUCAAACUUCCACAGUUUGUUAACAAAAUCAAGCAGCUCUUUUGCACAGACUUCGCAACCUUUAUCCUGUGGGGUGAAAAUCAGCUCUGCGUACUGAACAAUUAUAAGACAUUAAAUUUCAGCGUUCCAAAGAUGACAUCAAAGCAGGCAUCCUCCAAUGAAUUCGAUGUGUUUACGCCGAACUCGUUGAGUAAAAAAAAUACCGUUAUCAAACUGAAGACGACACAUCCCAACGGGAACAAUCUCUGUGUACUCUACGACAGUGGGAGCGUUGGGAUACUUUCCUCUGAGUUGCUUCAAAAUGCAGCACAUGGCUGGUCGAAACUACCGAAUUUGUUGCCAAUCAGCAUUUACUGGACACCCUAUUAUGGGUGGAACAAGUGUAUCGAUUUCGACGUAGCAGCAAACGGACAACUAGUUCUUUGCACUACUGGAGGUCAUAUCUACAGAUCUAAUUCUGCCACCAACCCCAAAUUUGAGUGUCUGAAAAGUAAGAACUUGACUUCAGGAAAGAUCAUCUCUGUAAGUUGCGAUUCCUUUUUUUCAUCCUUUGGUUUGAUUAAAGACGAUGUGGAUAUGAUACCUUUGAGCUACAUUGAGCAGAAUGUCUACAGUAAUAUGGCAUCUAUAUCCCCGUUCGCCACAGCUCAUCGAAGUCGGAGAGCACUGCAAAACUAUGAAUUGCAGGAUAAUCAAACUACGCCCUGCCAUUUCGAUGAAUUUGUAAAAUGCUUCAAGGAUGAAUGCGAGGAAUUGUCCUUUCUUCCCGAAAGAUUAGAUGGCAUAAAACUUGAGUCCUCAAAAACCGACAUGCUUUGGAGUCUCUUCGUAGAGAGAUGGGGAAACCGUAAAUUUUCCAGUCGUACCGAUCAAUUUCAGAAAUCCUUGAAGGAUGAAGGUCUGGCGUUUUCCAGAGAUCUAGCCGAUUGUAUGAAUUUUGACACUGUUUUUGUGGAGAAGGAUACAGGAGCCAUCAUUGGAGCAUGUCAUCGCAGCUUGCUGGAGGCAAGAGCGACAUUAUUUGUGACUAAAUUGGUGACAUUUGGAAGCUUAACAUCAAAUAAUGAAACAGGUGCUUCUUUUCGCCUGGUUGAUGACUUCACGGCUGCUGAAGGACAGGUGCAGAUAGAAACGGACCUUGGGCAGUACGCCCCAAAAGCGCUUUCCUACGCUUUGCAAUACCUAUACACCGACGACUUGCCCGACACAUCUUUCAUCGUUGAUCCUCAGGAAAGGAGACACCUCGACACGUCAAUAAAAGGGCUGAUGAAAGUAUUGGACCUGCACUUGACGGCUUUCAGAGGGGAUCAGUUACCUUUUGCCCUAACGAAACUCUUAGACCACUGUGUCAAUAAUAGUGCUUCUUCCCCAGUAUUUCAGCCUGAUGUGAGGUUCAUGCUUGCCAAUAAUGAAGUCCUCGAAGCAUAUUCAUUCAUUUUGAUGGGGAGGUCUGCUUAUUUCGAAGCACUUCUCUCUGAUGAUUGGGGUCGUACCUGUGGAAACUUGAAGGAGAUUCACAUGCACAACGUUUCAAUUUAUGAAAUGACGUGUGUUUUGAAGUACGUUCACGCUCUUUCAUAUGCCGAGCUGUUCUCACAUUGCUCCUUUGCCGAUUACAAGAGUUUCAUAAAUUUUGUGUUGGGACUGAUUCAACUGGCAGCUGAGCUAAUGAUGACAGAUUUCAAGAGCUACUUGGAGAGCACGUUAGUGGACUUUAUUGACGCCAGCACGGUGUUAAUCAUCCUAGUCAACGCACAUCGUCUAAUGUCUAAGUCACUUGUAAUUGAGUGCUGCUGGUUCAUUCACAAUAACAUUGAGCUUCUUUUCACAGAAAGAAACUCGCCCUUCAUAGAGGAGUUUUUUGAUUCGGCAUUGUGGGUGAUUUUGCAAGAUUUCGUCGCUGAUACCAGAAAAAUGAACCGCGAAAGGUUUGAGGCUUGGUAUAUUGAUGAAGCGGAAGCUAGCUCGCUGCUUCGCCUUUUUCAAGAAAAUUUCGAAAAGUACAACGGACACUUCAUGGAUCCGAAUAAUUGCUUUAAACCAAGUUUCGAGGUCCGGAACCACGCGAAGAAGCUGACGGGACCAAAAAAGGGAGCCGAUCGCAGGAAGUCAUCCGUCAACCGUAAAAAUUCUUUAGCGCAGGAGGACUUGGUGAAUGUACGUCGGCCAUCUUCAUCUUCGUUAGAAAUCAAAAGACCCAGCUUCAGUGGAUUUGACUUUUGCCAAGGCGAGGCAAACGACGUGGCUAUUGACGACGAAAAUGAGAAUACGGGUGAUCAGGGCUUUGUGACUGUGAGUAAAAAUAAACGGAAGCCAUCCAAAGGCCCAAAAGAUGCAACUUUCCCGGUGGGCGGUCUUAGAGGCUCGUCUUCUGGCUUAGUUGCCUCAGACUCUAAUACCAAUGUUGUCAGGUUUGAGACUCAUGCUAAGUUUGAAGGCAUAGCAGAAGCUGGAGUACAAUUGGCGGCUCAAGGUCUGCCAACUGAUCGAAGGAGUCUGUUCCCGGAGCUCGGAAACUCUUUGCAGGGAAAUAUGAGUUCUGAUUCAGCAACCCGAUCAAAUGGUGCCGCUUUUUCGAGCGUUAAAAAGCUAUCUCAAAAAGAGCGGAUAAAAUUAGCAGCCCGUGAUGUAGCACAAGACUCAAAACCCAGGACGAAACCUGUAUGGGGUAGCAACACUGCAAAACCGCCCGUUCAACCUACCGUUACAGCAGCGAGCAAAUUUCCCUCGCUUGCCCAAUCCUUGAAAGAUCAAGGCAGUAGAAAAAAGGCCCAGGCUAUCGGUUUAACAAGCACAGGCGAAAGUUCCACCAUUCCGUUAUAUCUGAGCAACACCAACAAUUUAGUGGCUCAACCGUCACGAUCUCUGAAAGAUGCUAUUGAAGAGGAGCGGUUUGCGAAGUGGUGGGCUGCGGAGUCGGAAAGAGUUCAGCAACAACUCAAGGCAGACCGAGGCAACGAAGCUGGAAACAGCCAAACGACAAAAACCUCCGACCAAGGCCACCGAAAUGGAGGCAAAAAAAAUCACACUAAACCCAAUCGCACACGCAGAAAUUUCCAAAAAAGACAAAUAGAUACAAAAGCAUCGAUGUGA